GCAACAUACGAGCAUGUAUCUUUGAUUCCUAGAAUAUCAUGCGCAACUAAUUCAUCUAAUAUAGAUUAUGUACCACAAUUCCUCCCAAAUACUCUAUCACCUGUUUCAUCAUCAAUGUUACCUAAUCAUAAUUGGUGGAUGACUUUUCCACUUCCUCCUCAUCCUUUUCCUCCUCAUCCUCAUCCUCUUCCUCUUCCUCCUCCUCCUCCUCCUCCUCCUCCUACAUCAUCAAUGCAUUUUUCACCUGUUCCAAAUAUUGGUAGAAUACCAGGUCAAUCAACAUCAAUUUCAUUAGUACCUGCUUUUGAAGCGCUUCAUAUCAAUAUUCCAGUUUCUUCUUCUUCUUCUUCUUCUUCAAUUAAUGAACACGGACAUUGGAGGCAAUUAUCUAUAGCCACAAAUAUGGAUGAUACAAAUUCACUUCUAAUACCACGAUCACUUUAUUCUCUAGAAAAUAAUCAACAAAAUAUAGCAUCAAUUAGACAGGAACAUGAGGAAAUUGAACAUAUUCAAGG